UGAGAGCCAUCAGAGAUGAGUGCAAGUCAUUCGCUUUGGCUUUUAAUGUAAUUGAUGAGCAAAUUGCAAAGCAGAGGACGAGGGACAACGGCGUGGACACCUCACCUUAAAGAUUUUCCUAGGUCGAUUAUUUUUUUCUCCCUUAUUUCAUUUUGACGCAAACGAGCUUGAUGUGAGCAAGGGGGAAACAAGAGCACUUGUUUUUUUUUAACCUUUCUCUCACCUUCACAGUGCACCUAUCCACUAUUUCACCUUUAGUUUAACUUAUUUUGUGGUUCCUCGGAUACUUUUGGCUUUACAGCACGGCUUCACCUGGUCACCCUUUAACUCCAGUCUCACGAAACGGCACCAAGAUUUCUUCCGCAACUUUAAAGCACUUCAGAGAAAAAUCCACCAACAGGGAAAACCUACUUUUGUCUUAUACAAAGAAGCGCAAAAGUAACACAAUGAGUCUCAAAUCUGAUUCUGAGCCGAACAACAAUGUUGUAUCCUUGGAAGAGGAGGUACGAACUCUCUUUGUCAGCGGCCUUCCAGUUGAUAUCAAGCCACGGGAACUCUACCUGCUCUUCAGACCAUUCAAGGGUUAUGAAGGAUCCCUUAUUAAGUUGACUUCAAAGCAGCCUGUCGGGUUUGUUACCUUUGACAACCGGACUGGUGCUGAAGCUGCGAAGAACGCAUUAAACGGGAUCCGUUUUGACCCCGAGAGUCCCCAGACCCUGCGCUUAGAGUUCGCUAAAGCCAACACGAAGAUGGCAAAGAGUAAGCUGAUGGCCACACCGAACCCCACAAAUAUCCACCCAGCUCUAGGAGCACACUUCAUUGCACGGGACCCAUAUGACCUAACGGGGGCAGCACUGAUCCCGGCCUCUCCCGAGGCGUGGGCCCCUUACCCACUGUACACCACGGAGCUUCCCCCUGGGCUCCCCCAUGCUGCCUUCACCUACCCGGCUGCUGCCGCUGCUGCCGCAGCCCUCCACGCCCAGGUGAGGGACCAACCGAUGCGUUGGUACCCGUCACCAUCUGAAACCUCACAACCAGGAUGGAAAUCCCGUCAGUUCUGUUAAGUAUUUAGUAAGUAUGACCCAUCCCAAGAGGCCUAGCUAACUCUGCAUCUGAAAUGGCACCCUAUUACUUACUACACAACUUUUGACAAGGGCCUACAUAGGAAGUAGUGCACUGUAGAGAAUAGGGUGGGUGCCAUUUCAGACUCAGCCCAUGUCAUUAUUUCUUGAGCUUUCACAUGAGGCUUUCAGUUGGCUAAUUUGUAUGGACUUGCAAAACAAUGUUUUUAAACCAUUUUCUCGAUCUCCCCAGAUCCCAGUCAUUACCUGAAGGUUUUUGUUUUUCCCUCAGAGCAGAGUAAAGGUAUUCUGAACUCGAUUGAAUUUAAAUCAGGUUUAUUUAACGGACAUUAAGGUGCAUUACCGAUGUUGCUUUCCUCGCAGAAAAAUUGAGAGGAGGAUUUUGAGACCGUAGAAACAUGUUGCGGACGACAAUCUGAAGCGGACGACAAUCUGACUUUUUGGCCUUUGACGGUACAGCCCCCCCCCCCCCCAAAAAAAGUGUGCGCAGUCUUCUCUCGAAGUGGACCUAACUAACUCUGUGCUGAAAACGAUCAAGCUGCUCUCUAUUGAAUGUGGGUGGGACUCAACAAUCAACCCAUGUUGAGGUAUUCGGCAUGAAUUAGAAAUCCAAACAUUUGUCCUCGUUUCAUAUUGCUUAUGUUGCCAUAAUAGCGAGAGGUCUCGGCGGACCCCUACAGUAUGUUUUUAUUAUUCUUAGUCUCGCUGCUUUGAAGAUUAACUUGGAUUGAGUUGCUUACGAUGUUACCUGCGAAGUAGAUGCAGACAUCUUGUUACUUGUCAUUUUUGUUUUUUCUUUGUUCAGAAUGGAUAAUGUAUGCACUGGGUUUUCUUUUUCUUCCUCUGAUCUUUAACUGUAAACCUGUCCAAGAAUGCUGACGCUGUCUGUAACCUUGGACCUUUUGAAUGCAUCCUCUAACGACCCAGUUGACAAAAUAUCUGUCUGUUUAGAUUAUAUUUGAACAAAAAAGUGAGUACAAGUAUUUUUGUACAUUUGUGUAAUGAGUAUUUAUGCAUUUUUGUGCAAUUUAAAGAAGUAAUCUGUAUAAGUUGAUGUUUAGUCUGCCCUUGUGGGUUUCUUUGGUGUUAUUUUUGAUGGAUGUUGAAUCCUGUCUAUAAUAUCCUGUUUUGAAGUAGAAAAAAGUGCAAUUUUCUUUGGCUUGGUGUUAAAUACUGAAAUAUUCUGACCGUGGCAGUCAGAACUGCUACUGUACAUGGACUGCUAACAUGAGAUUGCUGUAAAACAAAAUGCUGAUCAUUCAGAAUGUGAAACUGGAUAAUAAAUGGAUUGAUCUGAAG